CCCGCGGGAAGGGUGACAGGAGCCGCUGUGCUGCGGCUGCCUCACAGAGUCCGGCCCUCUCCGUGCUCAUGGUGUGGCCCGGUGCUGGGUCCGGGACCGCGGCGUGGAUGCCGGGGCAGCCCAGCUGAGGUGAGUGCGGCGCCGCCGCCGGCUCUGCCCCAGGGGAGCCGCUCGGGGGCAGUGCAGCGGCAGGCGCAGCCUCAGCUGCGGGGCGCCGCGGCCAGGCCAGGCAGGGGCCCCCGCUCCUCCCAGCAGGCUGGGAGCGAGCGAGCGGGCUGAGGCGGAAGGGCCCUAGGCCCGGGGUAGACGCAGCUGGGCUGGGAGCGGGGCCUCAUGGUGAGGAGGCGGAGCAGGAGCCGGGACUGGGGGCCGCCCGUCUGCCCGGGGGGCGGGAGCGGCUGGCGGAGCAGCAGUAGCGGCGGCUUGGGCCGCAGGGAGGCGCCUGAGCGGCUGCCCCUGAACAUGGCGGCGGCUGCUCCUCCGGCGGGCGGCGGGGGCUGCUGCCCGGCCGGGCCCGGCGGCGGCUCGGUGCCUGUGCUCUUCUGCUUCUCGGUCUUCGCCCGGCCCUCGACAGUGCCGCACGGCGCCGGCUACGAGCUGCUGAUCCAGAAGUUCCUGAGCCUCUACGGGGACCAGCUCGACAUGCACCGCAAGUUCGUGGUGCAGCUCUUCGCCGAGGAGUGGAGCCAGUACAUCGACCUGCCCAAGGGCUUCGUGGUCAGCGAGCGCUGCAAAGUGCGCCUGGUGCCCCUGCAGAUACAGAUAACUACAUUAGGCAACCUGACACCUUCAAGCACUGUAUUCUUUUGUUGCGAUAUGCAAGAAAGAUUCAGACCUGCUAUCAAAUAUUUUGGUGAUAUCAUCAGUGUAGGACAAAGAUUGGUCCAAGGUGCACGGAUUUUAGGAAUUCCGGUCAUUGUGACAGAACAGUAUCCCAAAGGCCUUGGCAGCACUGUGCAAGAAAUUGAUUUAACAGGAGUUAAACUUGUGCUUCCAAAAACAAAAUUUUCUAUGGUAUUGCCAGAAGUAGAAGCUGCCUUAGCAGAUAUUCCUGGAGUCCGCAGUGUUGUCUUGUUUGGAGUAGAAACUCACGUGUGCAUCCAGCAAACAGCGCUGGAAUUGGUUGGCAGAGGUGUGGAAGUUCACAUUGUAGCAGAUGCCACCUCAUCAAGAAGUAUGAUGGACAGGAUGUUUGCUCUUGAGCGUCUUGCUCGCACUGGAAUAAUAGUUACCACUAGUGAGGCCGUCUUGCUGCAGCUGGUAGCUGAUAAAGAUCAUCCAAAAUUCAAAGAAAUUCAAAACAUCAUUAAGGCCAGUGCUCCAGAGUCAGGGCUCCUUUCCAAAGUAUAAAGAGGGCUUUUUGAAAGAGCAGCACAUUGUCAUCUUUAAGGAAGAACUAAAGUUGUAAACAGACACGCGUGCACACUCACACCAGCUUCGGUAAAAAUAUAAAACUAAAAAUUGGUGUAUUUGUGCUUGCCUUAGCAAAAUUUUGUCUGGAUGCCAGUGUGUUCUGUUUAAUCACAGCUGUCAAAGACAUUGAGUACCAUGAGAAGCUUUUAUUGUCAGAUGCUCUAUUAUUUAUUAACAGAGGUGCCUGUUAGUCUGUACUGUAUCCACUGAUAGUUACAAUUCUCCAAAAAGUGCACAUUUCUGUGAAAUUUCUCUUGAUUGUUCACUUUGUAAAAGUGUACUGUGAUAUUCUGCUUCACUUUUGUAUUGAUUGAGGUAAAUGUGAUGUGCUAAUAUGCUUUAACUUUGUGCAUAAAUUAAACUAUUUUAAUAGAGAAUUUCAAUAGUAUAAAAUAGAUGGACUACAUGUUUACAUUGUCUGUCUUUUAGAAUAAAAGCUAAAUGCUUUGCUUAUUCAGUAGACAAGCCAAGUAGUUCAAGCAACAAUCUAGGCUUAAUUAUUUUGGGUGGCUGAAGUGGACUAUGUUGAUUCUUGAUUAUUCCAGACUUUUUUUUGACUCCCUAAUCCUGUUUUAAUGUUCUGUACUUCAACUACAAGUUCCAGGAAGCAAUCAUUGGGUCACUGCCCCUUUCAAAAUUAUAAAGAAAUCUGUCAGUUUGUCAAUGAGAUGAUCUAAAAGAUUGGUUUAUAGUAAUUCACAGCUAGUGGGAGACUACUAGCAUUUAAAAUUGAAAAAAAAAUCUUACUCUUUUUCAGUUUCAAUUACUAAAGGCUAAUUAUUUCUAGAAAUGUCCUUGGAUUUUUUUAAUCCUUGUAUGACUAGAUUUAAUAAACUCCAUCUGGUUUCUGCAUUAAGCCAAGCAAUCCCUGAAAAAAAUAAUCAACUUUUCUAGUCUGUUGCAGACUUCUUGCAGCACUGAUGUUGGAAUUUGAUUGGAAUCUAGCCUAAAAGCGUAAUUUAAAAAGGGACAUCUGUAACUUGUUGUAAAUUUUGUAGCUGGAACUUUAACACGAUUGUUCCUCUUGAAGGCACCGUCUUCAUGUUCAAAUGGGUUAAAAAUUGUUACACAAUGUUUACAACAAGAAUGUAACUUUAGAACCUUUAAGGUGUUGGUUUUUUUGGUUUAUUAUUAUUAUUAUUUUUAAGUAGAUGAAACAAAAUAUUGAACAUAUUGAUCUUUUGGGUAUAAAACUAAUUACAGUAAAUGUAUUGUUUGAAAUGAUUUAUUUUCUCCACAAAAUGGCUCUAAAAGAAUUGUAUAACCUUUAUAUGUUUAAAGCAAAUAAAAUGUUAACAUUUACUGUC